AUGCCCUCCACCUCUGCCGCAUCUACCUCCCAGCAGAAGCUGCCAGACUACACUCGCUUCCUCUCGGCCAUCGUAAAGCUGCGUCCAGACUCCCCCAUCCGCGCCUUGUUCCCAGCAGAGGCCAUCCCGGGCAUGCUGUCCCUCCUGGCAGGCAAGCCCAAUGCCAGCACCUUCCCCUUCGAAAGCGUGUCAUUGCAGCUCAAGCCAGCUCCUGGCUCGUCACAAGGGGAGAAGCUAGUCAUCCAGGGAGAAGACCUCAACAGCGCUCUCCAGUACGGAAACACCAGCGGUAUCCCUCGGUUCAACAAGACGCUAGUCGACAUCCAGUCGAGCGUGCACAGGAGGCCAAUCGUCUACAGUACACAGACCAAUGCAGCGGGCGAGGAGAUCAAGGUUCCAGACUGGGCUAUUUCCCUCGGUGUCGGUUCGCAAGAUCUCUUGAGCAAGACUCUGGAAUGUCUGCUUAACCCUGGCGACUCUGUCCUCGUAGAGGACCCAGUAUAUGCCGGAGUGCUACCCUGCAUGGUCAGCCUGCAGGCCAAUGUCGUGCCCGUCGCAUCUGAUGACCAGGGUGUCACGCCUCAGAGGUUGCGCCAGAUCCUCUCUCAAUGGUCGACCGAUCCAGCCACUUCCAGCAAGCCUUUCCCCAAGUGCCUCUACACCACACCCACUGGCGCCAACCCUUCAGGCACGUCAGCCUCGGAAGAGCGCAAGAGACAAAUACUGUCAGUGGUGCGAGAGUUUGAUAUCCUACUUCUGGAGGACGACGCGUACUUCUACCUGAACUUCCAGGGACUGGGAGAGGACGCGGUGACGAGGACAAGACAGAAGAGUUACUUCCACCUCGAUGCCGAGGACACGUCCAAGCACGCCAGCGGAAGGGUUCUGAGGUUCGACAGUUUCUCCAAGAUCCUCUCUGGUGGUAUGCGUUUGGGCUUCAUGACCGCCCACCCCACGUUCAUCUCUGCCGUGGACAAGACGACUUCUUCCUCAAAUCUGCAAACACCCGGUCUGACUCAGGCAGUCGUCCUCUCCAUCCUCGAGCACUGGGGCCUCCACGGUUUCCUGCAGCACUGUGAUCGCGUCGCCACCUUCUACAAGGAGAGGCGGGACGUCUUCGAGGGGACUGCACAGCGCAUCAUCGGCACCAAUGGAGGCAAGCAGACAGCCAUUGCCAAGUGGGUCACACCCACCGCUGGUAUGUUCCUCUGGCUCAAGCUCCGUCUGCCCCCCUCCACCGAGGGAGCCGACGACGAAGGCGACUCGUACCCAGUCAUCUUUGAAAAGGCCAAGAAGGCAGGCGUACUAGCCGUGCCUGGUGUGGCCUUCAUGGCGGGAGGAAAGACGACUUGCUAUGUCCGCACCUCCUUCUCCAUUGUUGACGAGGCCGACUUCGAAGAGGCCUUUAGGAGACUGAGAGGUGUAGUGGAGCAGGCAUGGACCGAAAGGGGACUCUCGCUACCAGCAUGA